AUGACUGAACCGGAUCAGUGCAUCAUAUGCCUGGAGUCGCUGCAGCACCCCUCGUUGCAACAGCAGCAAGACUCUGCUGCAAAUGGAGCGGGCCCAGCAGCACCAAACGCAACAGCGACCACAACAACACAGCCUGUCUACCGUGCUAUCGACUCAGACCUCGAAAUCCUUGAAGGACCAGACACAAACUACAUUGCUACUCUUGUUGGUUGCAAUCACGUUGUCCACGAUCAGUGCAUCAGAAGUUGGGCCAAGAACUCCAACACCUGUCCCAUUUGCCGUACGCCCUUCAAUGAGGUCAGCCUCUCAUCUGAGCUCAACGGCCCUCCCAUCGAUUCGUAUGCCGUCCAAGACAAGAAGCAAGAGCAGGAGUUUGAUAUUCACAGAUGGCUGCAAGAAAACCCCGAGGGCGAGGGCGAGGAGCCGAGUCCCGCCUGCCCCAUUUGCGAGUCCUCGGAUCAUGAAGAGGUGCUGCUCCUCUGCGAUGGUUGCAACGCGGCCUACCACACACAUUGCAUCGGUCUAUCCGGCGUCCCCCAGACCGAGUCGUGGUACUGCUUUGAGUGCGACGAGAACAACAAUUCCAGCCGGUCCAGCCCUAGUGAGGCUUCGGAAAUCGAGGUCACCCAGUCACGGCCUUUGAACCUGGCUGCACGCUCGGCCAACCGACGAAAUGUCACCGCUCAAAGAGGCCUGUUGCGAACCCAGUUACAAGCAAGAAACGCCCGACGCGAGGCGAGAUCCCUCGAGUGGCAAGGUGCCUGGGACCGUAUUGCGAGCCGCAUUUACGAUGCUACUGACAUCGACCUCGACAACCACGAAGACGAAGACUUAUUUCAGGGCUUUCGCCGUGCCCAGGCCCAGAGAGGACACUUCCGCGAUAUCCAAGAGCACCAAGACUGGGAGCAGCGCAUGAGCAUCGCCAGUCGCCUUGGCGCCAGAGAUAUUUUUGCGAGAAACAUUCGCCCAACCGUUGGUCAUCGCCUCGACGGUGGCCCAUUCGAACCCAUCAUGCAACCCCCUCCGCCAGCUCCCGAGACAAGAGAAGAACAGCAGGCUUGGGGCGCACUUGAGAGGGCUCGCGAAGCCGACACGAACCCUUCCAACACCCGCAAGCGAAAGUCGAGAUCCACCACGGCUUCGCCUCAGGAACCCGCUCAGGAACCCGAGCGCAAGCUGAAGCGACCUCGUACCCGCCGAUUGCCUUUACAGGGAGAAGGCUCCGGAUCUGCCUCUGCCUCAGCUUCAGUCUCGGGAUCUGGAUCUGGCUCCGGUUCAAGCGCCGUCCCUGCCACUGCGUCCGCCCUCGCUCCCGCACCUACGAUAACUUCGUCGCCCGCGCCGACGAGUGUGCUGGCAUCGAGACCUCAGACGAACGGUGCUACUCAGCGCGUCCAGUCUCCCAUCAAUACGGAAGGCCCAUCUUUCCUGUCGUCGCUGCUCAAGGAGGUGGAGAUGAGCGCGCCUCCCGACGACGAAAGUGUGCGGAAUUAUUUCGGCACCCACUCUGGCGUUGACCCCUCGUCACCAGUCACAUCCCCCUCACCAUCAUCACGAAACUCACCACGGGCGCUUUCCCUCACACCGCCACCCCACCCCCGGCCUAGCUCACCUACGCUGUCUCUGAGCUCCUAUGUAGAACCGCGAUUCCCCAAGGCCAACUACUCGCCGACUCGAAACGCUGGGGACAGUAGCGACUCCGACAGUCGAUCGAACGGCGCCGAAAUUCGCCAGCCUCGUCCACAGCGGCCAAACCGGCAGCGGCCGACCUUUGCUCGGUCUCAGGAUUCGUCGCCUACGCGACCUGCCAUCCCCUUCGAGACCAAGGAGAGAAUCAGUGGCAUCGUCCGCGCUGCUCUCAAGCCCCAUUGGCGCGCAAAGGAGCUCACAUCUGAGCAGUACGCAAACAUCAACCGGGAUGUCUCUCGAAAGUUGUACGAGGGCCUUCGCGAUCCGCAGACCUUGGACGAUGAUGCCAAGAAGACGUGCGAAAAGAUCGCCACCAAAGAGGUGGCCCGUGCGAUUGAGGAACUGAAGGCUUGA